AUGCCGAACUUCUUGAGCCACACGCUCUUUUUUCCGGAUCCACCUUUCCCUCUAGGAGACGAUCCUGCCGGCGGCAGUGGGGACCGGGCUUUUGGGGAGCAGGCUGCCACUCAGCCUGGACGGCAGGUGCAGGUGCAGGUGCAGCCGGGACGUCCCUGCUGGCCCUGUGCGGAUGGACACUUUUUAAGAGACAGGACUGAGCCUCCGGUUCAUUUCUGCUCCACUGAUGACAACAGCAGUGGUGAACUUUUUCACUGCUCCAAAGGGGAUGUGAAGUCUGGAAAGAGCCGAGUGAAAGAAUAUCUAACAGACAAAAGGAACUUGUCAGAAGACAAGAAACCGCAAAGGACGCAACUCAGCUCUUUUCAAAAGAUGGACCUGAACUUACAGCCAGAAACGAUAGAAAGAGCUGAAGACACUUUUCCAGAAGAACCAAGUGGAGUAUUUCCGUAUCUGGAUUUUCUUCCCUCUCCAUGCAAUACCCUGGACUUGCACAGAUUCACCCUCCCAGAGCCCGAGGGCUGGAAAGUGACAGGCUCUCCAGCAAAGUGUGCUCUGGAGCGUUUGAUACCUCGUUUACUGGCGAUGGACCAACCGCAGUAGAUGGCCAUUCAGAAAGAAAGGCUGAGAGCACAGCCUGCCGUCUGUACUCCCGUAGCCACCCAGUGGCCCUCUGCCUCCAGAGCCGAACCCACGAGACGGCCCAACCCCUCUGACGCUUUGCGUCUCCAGGCAACUUGGGAUAAAAGUCACGAAAAAAGGAGAAACAAUGCUGGUUCCUGAACGCUGGAGCACAAUGCUUCCAAGUGGAAUUGGCGUGGCGCUGACAAAUACCAGUGGGCGUCUAGACCCUCUGAAAACUCAUCGACUACAAAACCGGUGGUUGCCGCUGGUGAUGACGUUAAGAAUCCCAAAAGCUGCACUCUGAGUCCACGCCAAGAGCGCGCAGGCAGGCCGGCCGUGCAGGCCCCUCGGUUGCUGGUUGAACCGGUCGCCACCGGAUGGCUGCCACCGAAGUCGCCUACAGCAGUUUCACCUAUACACCUGUCGUUCGCUGAAAAUCAGAGGGAAGAAAUUAAGGGGCCAAGGACCAAAAAGAAACUUUACUGAAAAAACAGGGCGGAGGAGGCCCUCUCCUUCGGAGACAGUGAAGAGCGGGCAGCCAGGGAGGAGCGCCCCACCGCCACCAGGGUAUGGCGACACCUGCAUCGGGCAUUUAGCCACGGCCCUGGGGGCGGGGAAUCCCUCUUGUGCUCCAGUCACCAGGCGCGAGCACAAUACCCUCUGCUCCUGCUGGAUUAG